UCCCACAGUGCAAAUUGCAAAGAAAAAGAAAACAACUUCACUCAUUUACAAGUUACAACAACUGGCUGACGACAUUGUCUGCGUCACCCUAGCCCGGCUGGGAUCGCUGAUGCCAUCUCAAUCGUCACCGAAGCGACUUCAUCUCCUCUAACGAAGUUUCUCUCUUCCUUCUUCUUACUCUCAAACUCUCUCUCUCAAACCUCUCUUUUUCUCUAUUCUAUGACUCUGUUGCUUUGAAAACGAAAAAUGAAAUUUCGGAGCCUCAUUCGGACUUUGAUAUGACUCGUACCCUUUAGAAUCCCAUCUCUCUGUUGUUGUCCUCUUUCCUCUUUGUCGUCAGUCUUGGGAUGUGGUGUUUCUGAGUGGUUGAUAUGGUUGAAAGUUUGCUUCUUUUUCUUGUGGGAAAUUUUGGGUUUUUGUCACAAUUGUCCUAAGAUACGUCCUUCUUUGGUUUUAACUUGUUAUCUUCAUCUGGGUUUUGAAAAUCAGGUGAGAUUUGAUUAAUUUUCAUUCAUCUCUUUUGUUGAAUCUGUAGUAUGUUCUGUUAGACAGUAUUAAAAAUACAACAUAGAAUAUAGUGGAUGCCCAAUUUGGUUUCUAUUGUUAUUAGUAGAUCUUUACCUUCCUUAAUCUAGUUUUGUAGAUUUUGUCUGUAAUUCCACUUUGGAAGCUUGUGCAUAGCAAUUUUGAACCAACUUUUUUUUAGUGGUAUUGUGGUCAGUCAGUGUUUAGGCAUUUGUCAUAUAAGACUUAUCUCAGUUUGAGAUAGUAGGUCUUGCUAUUCAGCUCAAAUUCGUGUAUUUUGUUUAUGUCAUUUCAAUGAUUCCAACCUUUCAAAAUUGAAGAGUAAAAGUCCCAAUUUGUGAUAGUUUUAUAUUUCUUGAGUGUUAAACAUUGUAAAUUUAUAAUUUGUCAUCAUAUUGGAUCUUCCCCUUUUGUUUAGUUUAUUUUUAGUACUCUGUUUCUCUUACUUUUUCCUUUCUUCAAAACACUUUCUCUUUUAGGUCUUUACCAUAUCAAUCAUCAGGAUCACAAGAGCUUGUGUUCUUAGAAUUAGAAAGCGUUUGGGGUUUUAUUCUUCAAGGGCUAUAGCUAGUUUAGAUGUUAAUAUCUUCAAUCAAUGGGUUAUGUGAUUAAGCUUGAUGCUGAUACAUCCUAGGCUCCACCUAUAGGUCUGAAGUAGAUUAAUGGCUAAUUCAUCUGAACCAUCAUCCUCUUUGAGCUUUACUUCAUCAUCCCAUAUAUCAAAUGGUUCAAUAAGCCACAACUUAUCUUCCUCUGGUUCUGAAUCCGUGCCUAGUCUUGAAGUCAUCAGUUUGAGCAAGCUUAGUUCUAAUUUGGAGCAGCUCUUGGUUGAUUCUGGCUGUGAUUAUAGUGAUGCUGAUAUCAUAGUUGAGGGGAUUUCUGUUGGCGUUCACCGAUGUAUAUUGGCUUCUAGGAGUAGUUUUUUCCGCGAUCUAUUCAAGCAAAAAAAGGGGUCUUCUGGGAAGGAAAGCAGACCAAAGUACUGUAUGAGUGAUUUGCUGCCUUAUGGCGAUGUUGGAUAUGAAGCCUUCUUGGUUUUCUUGAGCUAUGUGUAUACUGGAAAGUUGAAGCCUUCUCCCAGGGAGGUGUCAACCUGUGUGCACAAUGUAUGUGCCCAUGACGCGUGUAGACCUGCUAUUAAUUUCGUUGUGGAGUUGAUGUACGCUUCUUCCAUUUUCCAAAUGCCUGAUCUGGUUUCGAUAUUCCAGCGACGCCUUCUUAAUUUUGUUGGGAAAGCUCUGGCAGACGAUGUUAUCCCAAUCCUUGUAGUUGCUUUCCAUUGUCAGUUGAGUCAGCUCAUUGCUCAGUGUAUAGAGAGAGUGGCACGAUCGGAUAUUGAUAGCAUCUCUCUUGAGAAGGGACUUCCUGAUGAGGUUAUUGAGAAAAUUAAAAUUCUUCGCCGCAAUUCUCAGCAAGACUGUGACCCAAACAUGCCAGCAGUGGACCCUUUGCAUGAAAAGAGAAUCAGGAGAAUACAUAAGGCAUUGGACUCAGAUGAUGUUGAACUUGUGAAACUUCUUUUAAGUGAGUCUGCUAUAACCCUAGAUGAAGCCAAUGCUCUCCAUUAUGCUGCGGCUUACUGUGAUCCUAAGGUUGUGACUGAAGUGCUUGGUCUGGGUCUAGCUGAUGUUAACCUCCGGAAUUCUCGGGGUUACACAGUACUUCACAUUGCUGUGAUGCGCAAAGAGCCAUCAAUUAUAGUAUUGCUUCUGACUAAAGGAGCUCGUGCAUCAGAGCUGACAUCAGAUGGUCAGAGUGCUGUUAGUAUUUGCCGGAGGUUGACAAGGCCAAAGGAUUAUCAUUCAAAAACAGAGCAGGGGCAAGAAGCAAACAAAGACCGAAUAUGCAUUGAUGUUCUAGAGAGGGAAAUGCGUAGGAAUCCGAUGGCUGGAGUUACAUCUAUAUCUUCCCAAAUAAUGCCUGAUGAUCUGCACAUGAAAUUGCUGAACCUGGAGAAUAGAGUGGCAUUUGCGCGAUUGUUAUUCCCGGCUGAAGCCAAGCUAGCUAUGGUCAUUGCCCAUGCUGAGACAACCUCUGAGUUUGCAGGGCACUCUUCAUCGAAAGGCUCAAGUGGGAAUUUGAUGGAGGUUGAUUUGAAUGAGACUCCCAGUGUGCAGAACAAAAGACUCCAUUCUAGGUUGGACGCCCUAAUGAAUACAGUCACUUUGGGUAGACGCUAUUUCCCUCAUUGCUCGGAAGUCCUGGAUAAGUUCAUUGAGGACGACCUUCCUGAUUUGUUCUACCUUGAGACGGGCACCUCUGACGAGCAGAAAAUAAAGAGGAUGCGUUUCAUGGAGCUUAAGGAGGAAGUACACAAGGCCUUUAACAAGGACAAGGCUGAGUUGAACCUCUCUGGGUUGUCUUCAUCAUCCUCCACGUCGUCUCCGAAAAAACUUGGUGCAACUCAAAAAGUUAGGAAAUUGUGAGGGCAUGUAAAUUGUAUCUAUUAAGCCUUCUGAGUACGAACAAAUUUUUUUUGUUUGUUCAAGGUUACUGACAAAAGCUUAGUAAGUUUUGGCUUUUCUUUUCAGUGAAAUCUUGGCAUAUGCGAAUUGCCCUGUUAACUACACGAACUAGCAAGUAUCCUAGUUUAGUAAUUCUGUAGAAGUGGUUCUGGAUGGUUGGGAUAUUUGAUCAAUAAAAUUAGUCGAUUUGGGUAA